CGCUGGUGAGCCCUUUUGAAACAGUCACAUCUAGCAAGAGAAAUUAAGUUUUAUUAAGAAAAGUCAUCCAUUCAUUAUCCGAAAAUAUAAAUCUAGUUGAUCUGUUUUUUUCAGACUUCUUUCAAAGUUUAAACCGAACACAGUUGGCAAAGAUGUGAUAAUUGCUCAUUUUAAUUACAUAAUAUCUCAGUGUUUCUCGACCAGUGGGCUCACUAGGGGUCCUCAAGAUGACUUGAGACCACCAACAUUUAAAUAUAGUCUCCUUAAGUCGAUCAAUUUCCUUGUGUAAAUUUGUCAUUAAAAUAACCAAACGCCCUUCUAGUGAUGCCAAGCUCUAUUGGGAGAAAAAUGGUUUGUUUAUAUAUUGUCUAUUUAAUUUGAGGUUUGUAGUAAAACCAUAAUAACCCCACUUGACUAUGACCUCAGCAAAACAAUGAUAGUUUAACCAUGAUAUUUGUGCAUAAAACUAUUGCAAUAAAAUUAGCCAAAAAUAUGGUUACUACUCUACGUUUACUAUAAACAAACUAAUUAUCCUAAGUGUCGUCAUAAGUUUCGUAAACAAAUUCCCUGAAGACAGCACGCGUUCAAAUCUUAUACGAUUCUUGCGCUUCGACGUUCACACACCAGAGCUGGCAGAGCGCGUGACGUCACCGCGAGAUUGUCUGCCCCGCGGCUCCGCUCAGCUGUAGUGCGGCCACCGCGGGAAAAAAUCCACGUAACACAUCGGUCCAGUUCCAGGAAGGGACCGUGGACCUACGUGGAUCGUCGCGAUUACCGUCCAUAAAAUACAACGGAAAUAACUUCGCGUGCGUGUUUUUUUAUAGCUAGAACACUGGACGCGGCGGCCCGGGAUAGCGGAGAAUAAAUCUAGGACGAGAGGAAGGAAAAUGGAGUUGGAUGACGGAGUUGUGUACCAGGACGACCCGGGGACGUCGGCGAUAAUGUCGGAGAGAGUCUCGGGCCUGGCCAACUCAAUCUACCGCGAAUUCGAGAGACUCAUACGCAAAUACGACGAGGACGUGGUAAAGGAGCUCAUGCCGCUGGUCGUGGCGGUCCUGGAGAACCUCGACACGGUGUUCGCCGAGAACCAGGAGCACGAAGUGGAGUUGGAGCUCCUGAAAGAGGACAACGAGCAGCUGAUCACUCAGUAUGAACGAGAGAAAGCGUUGAGGAAACACGCCGAGGAGAGGUUCAUCGAACUUGAGGACUCUCAGGAACAGGACAAAAAAGAUUUGCAGAACCAUAUGGAAAGUCUGGGAUCACAUUCCCGUCAGCUGGAGCUGAAGGUCAAGAAUUAUGCUGAUCAGAUAAGUCGAUUAGAGGAACGUGAAGCCGAACUCAAGCGUGAAUAUAACUCCCUUCACCUGCGGCACACAGAGAUGAUUCAUAACUACAUGGAACACGUGGAACGAAUCAGACUGCAGCAGACAGGAGAAAUGUCUGACACGGGAACAUUGGGCAGAAUUCGGAAAGAGCGCCCCCUGUCUUUGGGUGUCUUCCCCAUGUCUGGAGGGGUCAGUUCCCUCACGACUGAUGUUCAGGGCAGAGCGGAGACUCCUGGGAUGGAGGGGUGGAGAUUUAAUCAACUCAGUCAUCAACGCUCCAAUACCAGUCUCAAGCAGUUGGAGGCGGACGGCACUCCAAAGCAAAGCGAGGGUAAGGAUGUUCUGGAAGCUUGGGAAUCGCUGGCAAACGACUGCAAGGACGAGCUUUCUGACCACAGCCAGGGAGGGUCAAAGUCUGUCACACCCAUGUCCACCACGGCCUCUGACCUGGCACAGGACUCUCAUCGAGAGGAUGGGGACGGAUACUGGACAAAUACAGAGGUCCAGGCAGUUCCGGGUACCAAGACGGUCUCUGCGGGUCUCGAUGAUGCAGAAGAGAAGUCCGAUGUUCAGGCUAUCAUCGAAUCCACCCCUGAGCUGGACAUGGACCUCCUUGGAAACAAAGGUUCAAGCACUCCCACCCAAGGCAUUGAGAACAUGGCGUUUGAUCGGAACACAGACUCUCUGUUCGAAGAGGUGUCGUCCGCAGGCACAGGUUUGAUCGGAGACGUGGAUGAAGGAGCGGAUCUGUUGGUGGAGUACUCUGGCAUGGGUCGAGAAGUGGAGAAUCUAAUUCAGGAAAACGUUCAGCUGUUAGAGACAAAAAACGCCUUGAACGUGGUAAAGAACGAUCUGAUCGCCCGUGUGGAUGAGCUCUCCUGCGAGAAGGAGGUUCUUCAGGGAGAACUUGAAGCGCUUUUGCCGGCCAAAACCAAACUAGAGGAGAAGAUCAAAGAGAUUGAGGAGGAACUGAAAAGAGUAAAGGCAGAGUCAGAAGAGGCCAAGCAGAAUAAUAAUAAUAAAGAGGAAGAUGAGCAGAGCGACGUGCCGACAGCACAGCGGAGGAGAUUCACACGGGUGGAGAUGGCUCGGGUCCUGAUGGAGCGCAACCAAUACAAGGAGAGACUGAUGGAGCUGCAGGAGGCCGUGAGGUGGACGGAGAUGAUCAGAGCUUCAAGGGAGAACACUGAAGUUGCAGCGAAGAAGAGGUCCAGCAUCAGGCAGUUCUUCAGUCGCCUCUUCAGUUCUUCCAGUUCCACCACGUCCAGCAACACGGCGAGAGCUCUGCCGUCCAACGUCAAGUACAACCCGCCCAGUAUCAUGAAGAAGAGUAACACUUUCUCCCAGUUCCCCCAAGAAAAGUCAAAGGCCUUUGAUUUCCUCAAAGAGGAGGUUGACUCGUCUGGUUCUCUGUCCCGUCGGGAACAAAGGCGAGCCCAGUAUCAGCAUGUAAAAGCUCACAUGCAGAAAGAAGACGGACGGGUGACGGCUCACGGCUGGAGUCUGCCUGGGAAAUACAAGGUUGCCAAUGGUGGUUAUGCAGAGAACAAGAUUAACUUGCCUGUUCCUGUGUGUCUAAAGCCACUGGAGCAGAAAGAUGCUUCUAUGAAGUUGCUGUGUGCAGCUGGUGUGAAUGUCUCAGGUGGAUGGUCGUGUGAUGGAAGCUCUGGUGUUUCGGGUGAGGAACCUGCGGUUGAGACCGAGACUUCCAAACGGAGGAAAGGAUCUCAAAGCAGCCUGGAUCAGGUGGAACAGCAGCAGAAGGAACAGGAUCGGGAACAGACCGUUCAGGCGGAGAUGUCCAGUCGGGUUUGGAUCUGUACGAGCACUCACUCCUCCACUAAAGUGAUGAUCAUGGAUGUGACGCAGCCCUCUGACCUCAUCGAUAGUUUCUACGUCUGUAACUCAUGUGUACUUUGCAUCGCCAGUAUACCAGGAGUCUUGGAGACAGACUAUCCUGCCGGGGAGGAGAUUCCUCAGGACCUGGAGGCGGGGCCAGACGUCUUAUUGGCCAUUACCGGCUCACAGGGUAAUGAGGGUGUGUUGAGUGACGUGUCAGCGGUCGGCUGCAACGCUGAGGAGUCAGGAUCUCAGACGGGCAGCACGGGAGCCAAUGAGCAGUCAGGAGAACACAGCCCUGUCAAAGGCAGCGUUGAUCUCUCCCGAGCUUCCAGUGAAGAUGGUGUACCUGCAGCGGAGGAAGCCAUGGAGGCCACUGAAGAAGACCAGGAGAGCCCGGGUCAGGACAACAGUCAGCCAGGAAUCUACACGGAGCACGUCUUCACAGAUCCACUGGGAACAGAAUCUGAUAGGGCGUCGACGGGUGCUGAUAACCAGAGGGAAUCUGAUCGAGACAAGUGUGAGGCAUCUGCGGGUGGACGGACGGGUGCGGUGAUAGAGGAGACCCAGCGGAUGAGCAGCGCACUGCCCACGAUGUGGCUGGGGGCUCAGAACGGCUGUUUGUACGUGCACUCGUCUGUUGCUCGCUGGAGGAAAUGUCUUCAUGCUGUCAAACUGAAGGACUCCAUCUUAAAUAUUGUACAUGUGAAGGGUCGUGUUUUGGUGGCUCUUGCCGAUGGUACUCUGGCUAUCUUCCACAGAGGUCUUGACAGCCAAUGGGAUUUAACCAACUAUCACCUGUUGGACCUGGGCCGGCCACAUCACUCCAUCCGCUGCAUGACUGUUGUGCAUGAUAAAGUGUGGUGCGGGUACAGGAACAAGAUCUACGUGAUUCAACCCAUAGCCAUGAAGAUCGAGAAGUCUUUCAGCGCUCACCCGCGGAAGGAGAGCCAGGUGCGUCAGCUGGCCUGGGUGGGUGACGGUAUUUGGGUGUCUAUCCGGCUCGACUCCACCCUCCGCCUGUUUCAUGCCCAUACCUUCCAACAUCUCCAGGACGUUGACAUUGAGCCCUACGUCAGCAAAAUGUUGGGAACAGGAAAACUGGGCUUCUCCUUCGUGAGGAUCACGGCACUGAUGGUUACCUGUAACCGGCUGUGGGUGGGAACAGGAAAUGGUGUCAUCAUCUCUAUUCCACUAUCAGACUCUGUGGGUCAGUUUGGAUUUCUAGGUCAAAGGGCUCAUAAAACCGUGGGAGCGAUCGCAUGUCGCCCAGGUGGGGCGAUUCGGGUGUUUGGUGAUGAAACGGCGGAUACCGGAGUGACGGGAUCAUACGUACCAUAUUGUUCCAUGGCACACGCUCAACUCUGUUUCCACGGCCACAGAGAUGCCGUUAAAUUCUUCGUCACAGUACCAGGUCAGGUUAUUGUACCAGGAGCUGAAGUUGUUCACGAAAACUCUACAGAAACAUCGGAUGGCAAGAGCAUGCUGAUCAUGAGCGGAGGAGAAGGAUACAUCGAUUUCAGAAUUGGUGAUGAAGAUGGCGGUACGGGGCGAGAUGAAGAGGAGGAGUCAGUGGAACCCACUUUAAAACUCCAGUCUGCUCCUGCCAAACCCGAGCGCAGUUAUGUCAUAGUUUGGCAGGUUGCCAUAGGCAGCGGGUGACUGACCAAUCACAGCGGCUGUUUUAACAGAGAACUGUGCACCUAGAUCAACGCCACAUGGGCUUCACAAAAUACCUUUCUUAUCAUCAUUAUUAUUAUUAUUACAGACAGUAUUAACAGUUUAUUAUAAGUAAAUACAUUACAAUGUGUUUUAUUAAUGUUUGUGUUAAAAUGUUUAUUUAAUUGUUUUGUAUGAGUCUACAUUUAUGCAUUAGAAGUGAACAGAAAUCAGUGUUUAAAUGAAGGAACAAACUAAAUGAAACUCCGCCCACAAACGUAUCACAAAUAAUCACAGUUUCUGUGUUAAAGUCAUGGGAAUGGGAAUCGUGUAACGUCCUAACAGUCUUAAUAGUUUACAGCUUGGCCAAGUGUAUCAUUACUUCAUGGAAAGAUUUUUUUAGCUUCUUUUGUAUUUUCUUGGCUUAGGGUAAUAAGGGAUAAAGCUUUGUGUUGGUGCACUAUAGCUGUGGUAGCAUUGUGUACACUUAAGUUCAUGUACAUAGAAACCCAGAGAGCUAUUUUUGCUAUCUGUAUGGCGUUGGUCUUGUGUUCUCAGAGUAAAUUCUCGCAUGCACGAGUCCUUUAUUAUUUACACAUCCCGGGCUUCCCUAAUGCUGGAGCUUGCCUGCACUUUAAAGACAGUUACCAACAUAGACACACAUUACAACGAACAGCAGAUAUGUGACACUGGACAACAAAACCAGUCUUAUGGGUCAAUUAUUUUUAGAAAUUGAGAUUUUUACAUAAUCUGAAAGCUGAAUAAAUAAGAUUUCCAUUGAUCUAUGAGUUGUUAGAAAAUAUACAAUAUCUGGAUGAGAUACAACCGUUUAAAACUGAGAGUGCCACAAAUCAAAAUAUUGAGAAAAUUGCCAUUGAAGUUGUUAAUCGGGGCAUCUACUCACAAAAACAAAGUUUUUAUAUAUUUAAGAUAGGAAAUCCGCAAAAUAUCUUCUUGGAAGAUGAUCUUUACUUCAUAUCCUAAUGAUUUUUGGCAUUAAAGAAAAAUGGAUAAUUUUGACCCAUACAAUGUAUUUUUGUGUUUUACUAAAAAUGUUCCCGUGCUACUUAAGACUGGUUUGUGAUCCAGGGUCACAUAUAAUAGUGUUGAAUUGAGAUUGUCUGCCCUUUUACCAAAGGAUGAAACCUAGAACAAAUAGGCCUGUUGUACACUAAAGCCAAGGGUUUUGACACUUCACUACGUUGAGGCUUUUGAUGUUAGAGUAUGUGAUUCUCUUAAAUGAAUGAAUGUGGACAAAAUAAUAUUAAUAAAAAGGGAUUGUAUGGUAAAUUAUUUGUAUUUUUGUGUAUAUUUGUUUUGCUUAAGCAUUUAGCAUUCCAGCUCUUGUUUUUGUAUGUAUGUUUACCUGUUAUCCAUGCCUCUGGGUUCACGAUUGUAUGUGAUUUUAGUUUAUUCUAAUGAGUUAUUUCUAAUCAGAACUAUGUUUGUCUUUUCUAUCUGGUCUGUGAGACGCUUUUAUCUGUACCUUGAUGUCUGUUAAAAGGAAUGCAACAUUUGGAUUUUUAUGUGAAGGUGAAGAAAACAAGUUAUCCUUUAUUCAGUUCUGACACAAAAGGGAAUUUUAUAUCGUUGCCAUUCCAGUAUUUAUUUUUAAUAAUGAACUUUGUGGUUCAGAAUGUAACUUUUUACAUGUCUGUUAACACAGACAAUAUUGUUUCUUUUUAAUCCGACACUUAUGUUCGGUUUUCAUUUUGAAGGAUUUUACUAAUAUUGUUGACAGUAACAGAAACUUUGGAUCAUGGAAAUGAAAAAUUCAUUUAAUUAAGCUAUGCAUGUUUUUUUUAAAUACCCUCCUGUUUAUUUGUACCAGAUUUUUUUAUUGCCCCGUUUUGGGGUGUUUGUGUGUGCAUAUGAGUGUGUUUGAGUAAGUAUUGUGGAAAUAUUACUGCAUUUGUGUGCAUGGAUGAAUGUGUGUGUGUGUUAAUUCGCUGUAUCCCUUAAAUCUUACUGGACUGGCUGUGUGUCUCACAGCUUGUAAUAAUCAUUUUUUUCUUGUUUUAAAGGUUUGCUAAAGCUGCAUCAUAGCCUUAUUUUUAAACUAUUAAAACUCAAUUUCAUGGGGAAUUAACAU